CGAGUUGCUGCGAAAGGAAUUAUAAUAUUUAAUUCCUUCAUAAUUGAAAUAUAUUAUCAUACGCAUGGAGGACAAGCAAGCAACUGUGAAAUUUACAGAUUGACUGGAUAUUACAACUUUGGCUUUUUUAUAUCGAUUGUUAAAAUAUUCUGGACCGAAGUUAACAACUUUGAAAGGACUCUAUAUAGCUUACCUUGAUAGUUUAAAUAAUUAUUCCGCGCCGUGCUUCAAAAUUAUAGUGGUAAAGAAAAUGAGUAGCUGUAUAAUUAAAGUGGCAUUGUUUGUGGCUUGCGCGCUCUCCAUAAACUGCACGGUAGCCCCUGGAACUGAGACGCACACUGUGUCCCAGGAUACUUGCACGUCGUGUGGCAUCGGCCAGCCAGAAGAGUCGGGGAGGGUGGACAUCGACUUUCUGGAGGCAGUGAAGAGGCAUAUCCUGAGCAGGUUACAGAUGAAGGAUAGACCCAACAUCACCCAUCCCAUCCCGAAGGCGGCGAUGGUGACUGCGCUUCGGAAACUUCACUCCGGGAAAGUGCGCGAGGACGGGAGAGUAGAAAUCCCGAACCUUGACGGACACGCCACCAACAAUGAGGUCGUGGAAGAGACCUCUGAGAUCAUCAGUUUUGCAGAGACAGAUGAUCUGGUGUCAUCAAAGUCCAGCCUCUUCUUCCUGAUCUCCAAUGAGGGGAACCAGCACCUGCAGGUGACCCAGGCUAACCUGUGGCUCUAUUUUAAGCUCCUGCCCCCUCCUUUGGACCGGGGCCCCACCAGGCGGAAGGUGAUGAUCAAGGUCUACUACCAGGAGCCUGGCCUGGGCAGCAAGUGGAACCUGGUAGAGAAGAGGGUGGAGCUGAAGCGUAGCGGCUGGCACACCUUCCCCCUGACGGAAGCCAUUCAGAUGGUGUUUGAGAAGGGCGACCGGCGGCAGAACUUGGACGUGCGCUGCGAGGGCUGCGAGGACCUGGCCGUGUUGCCCAUCCUGCUCAACCAGAACGACGAGUCCCACCGGCCCUUCAUGGUGGUCCACGCCAGGCAGGCCGACAACAAGCACCGCAUCCGCAAGCGCGGCCUGGAGUGCGACGGCAGCAGCAGCCUGUGCUGCAGACAGCAGUUCUACAUUGACUUCCGCCUCAUCGGCUGGAACGACUGGAUCAUUGCCCCGUCGGGUUACUUUGGGAACUACUGCGAGGGGAACUGCCCAGCCUACAUGGCAGGGGUCCCAGGGUCAGCCUCUUCCUUUCACACAGCGGUGGUCAACCAGUACCGCAUGAGGGGAAUGAGUCCAGGGUCCAUGAACUCCUGCUGCAUUCCCACCAAGCUCAGCACCAUGUCUAUGCUCUACUUUGAUGAUGAGUACAACAUCGUCAAGAGAGAUGUGCCCAAUAUGAUUGUGGAGGAGUGCGGCUGUGCUUGAGCUUCUAUUCUAAGUGGACUUAGUGACCUUUGUAAACAGAAAAAAAACAAUAUUACAAAAUAAUUAUAGAAACAAAGUAAUAUUUAUGGACUAUUAUAAGCAUACGCACAUGCACACACAACCUCGUUCACACAUAUCUACACACUCUCACAUAUGUCUGCACAAACACCUGUAUAUAUAUUUAUGUUUGUUUAAUUUUCUCUGGUAGAAAGCCUUUAUUAUUUCUGCCAUUGUGUAAUUCAAUCCCAUUUUGUAAAAACAUGUUUGCAAAGUCAUUUUGGUUUCUGUUUCAAAGGGAUUUGAACAAAAUGGUUCCAAGGUUGCUGUUUCUAUUCUGGAAAUGGAAAUCUCUCCACUCUGAGGAAAGUGGAUAAAGAAGUUUUAAUGGAGAGCUUAUAUUCCAAACAUUUCAUGAACCUAUCUCUACAAACCCCUAGUGAAAGCACUGAAGCCUCACCUCCGCUACAACACCACAACAUCAGCACUUCCAACCAGGAAUACACCUUGGUGACUGCAACAACGCAACUGUCCAUUAUUACAAACAAAAUACAGUUUCAGAAUUAAGCCUCCAGAAAUACAGAAAACUUCAUUGCAGGUGAAUUCAUUUGAAGAAUUAGUCUCCGUAUCAGAAAAUGAUUUAGACAAAUUUCCAUCAGCAUCUACUGAAGCUGCCACCAAAACAUGAGUCAGUCUCCCUAACCUGAGCGUACAUGUCACAACGUCCUACAUCUAGUUCUCUUUUGCUUCACUUCUGAUAUCUUCUACAGGUCAAACACUAUAAUAUGUUCAUUCCUCUCAUUUCAGUCAGAAAAGUAAAGAGUUGCCAUAUUGCUCAGUUUAGUCAUGGUGCAGCUUAGCACUUCCUAAUGCACAUUUGAUAGCACUUGCAGAUUAAAAUGCCUUUAAAGAGUGGUGCACCUACCCUUGCUCACAAUCCUUUAAAAAAAUAAGUGCCGCAUGAGCUAUGCAAUGUAUAGUAUUGACCCACACCAGACAAACUGAACUCUAGUUCUAGUGAUAAACUAUUACCAAUACUUGAAAUGUAAUCUUCUGCUUAUUCUUCAAAGCGAAAGAUUGUUACAAUUUUUGCACUGAAAAGUUGCGUGAUUAGUAAAAACAAACUGCCAUUGAAAAGUUAUUUUUAUAAAUGCAAAUUGAGUGCUGUUCAAAUGUAUUAUACCUAAUCAUGGAACCAAAGAGGCCAAGAUUUUGAGCUAUUGUAAGAUGGCAAUGCCAUCAUAUUAUUUUGUAAAUUACUUGUGACCAUAUAAGAGGCCUAAACACUGUAUCAGGGUACAAUAUUAUGGAUUCCAUAUUCAGAUCAAUCUCUUUUCUAUUUUGUACCUAUAGACAAAUGGAAUAUUUCAUAUUUUUUCAUCAACUUAUAAUACACGUAGGUUUUCUAGUUCUUGUUCCAGAAUCAUUUAGAAUCAAAUACAUGACUCUAUGUACAGCUGAUGUAAGAUAUGAAUAUGCUUUUAAAAUAUUUUGUUCUUUGUAACUGUUGAAAAAUAAAUUUCUUA